UGAGACAUUGUCUUCUUCUUUUGAACAGAUUUAGACAAUUUAUUAUUUGCUUCAGUUUUUCAGUACCAUUAUUUAAUGCAAAUUGUGUGAUUUGACAAAUUUCCGUUCAGUUCUGUCAGUCAAUUCUUCAGUUUUACAAUCUGUAGAUUCAAGAAAUUACUGCUGUCUGUUUAGGGCUGUAAAGCUUCUUUAUUACAGACAGCAUGGAGAGUGCAAAACAUCUCUGAGGGAGGCAAUACAAGCUUUUUAAAAAUAAUAUUUCUGCGUGUAAAAAAUGGGCAUAGUAGAAAAGCAAAGGGAGUUACAGAUGCUUCAAGGGCACUUGUAAUUGGUGCAGGUGUAUAAACGGGAUGUUUCGGUUAUUGGGGAAAAAGCAACGUAUUCAACGUGUCCUCAGUCACAUACAGCCUAGUUCAUCUAAAGGACAUUUUCCAAACCAUGUUCAGCAGCAGUGGUUACCAGGCCCCCCAAGGAUCCGUGGAUACUGGGACAAACAUUAGCACAAAAAUGGAAGAAAUCCUUGAAGAAAUGUAUGAGAUGAAGAAAACCUGUGAUUUCAUAAAGAAUAAUUCUUUCAAUAAGGUUGCCCUGCAGUUCCCGGAUGACUUGCUGGUGGACUCAGUACAGAUUGCUUCGCAAAUUGAGAAGGAAACGGGUGCAAAACUAUACAUCCUGGGAGACACAUCAUAUGGCAGCUGCUGUGUAGAUGAGGUGGCAGCAGAGCAUGUUGAGGCCCAAUGUAUUAUCCACUAUGGAAGAGCUUGUCUCAGUCCCUCAAGGAGGCUUCCUCUGAUGUACGUGUUUGGGAAGAGACCUGUGGACCUACAGAAAUGCGUGCUCUCCUUCCACAGUCUGUAUCCUGACAGACAGAGCAAUAUUAUAAUUCUAUAUGAUGUAACCUAUUUCCAUAUAAUAGAUGAUCUCCUGGACCUGCUCUCCCCUGAGUAUCCAAAUGUGGUGAAAUCUGUUCUUCAUGUAGAUGGGAAUCAGUGUUGCAUUCUUGGAUCAAUACAGGGUCAGCACAUUGAUUCACCAACACAUUCACACCAGGAUGGAUGCAAGUAUGUUCAUAAAUUUGGCCGAGUGUUCAGCUUGAAAGAAGAGUAUAAGGUGGAGGACUAUAGUAUGUUCUACAUCGGGCAAGAGGGCGCAACACUAACGAACUUCAUGAUGACCUGGAACCAGUGCUGUUUCAGUUCGUUUGACCCUGAGACAACAGUGUGGCGGCAAGAGACCGUCAACAUCAACCGUGCCCUGAUGAAGCGCUACUACUUGAUUGAGAAAGCGAAGGACGCCGGUGUGGUGGGAAUCCUGGUGGGCACUCUUGGUGUAGCCAGUUACCUUACAAUUAUUGAUCAACUGAAAGAUACAGUUCGCAAGGCUGGAAAAAAAAGCUACGUGUUUGCCAUGGGAAAAUUGAAUGUUCCCAAGUUGGCCAACUUUCUAGAGAUCGACAUCUUUGUCCUGGUGGCUUGCUCAGAGAGUUCUCUUCUGGACUCCAGUGAGUUCUACCGGCCUGUGGUGACACCCUUUGAGAUGGAGGUGGCUUGUAACAAGCACAAGGAGUGGACGGGCCAGUAUGUAACUGACUUCAGAGAUCUACUGCCAGGGGCUUGCAAUGGUGUGAACUUGCCCAGUCCAGACGCCGAUGAGAAUGAUGGAGAGGAAGUGGAUGUCUCCCUCAUUACCGGGGCUCUUAGAUCCACAUAUUUCUCCUCCUCUCUGCCUAUUGACUGCAGCGAUGAUACUUCUGUGGUCCAGAGAAACAAGACCCUCACAGUGGCUCACAACAACACAGCAGCCUCUUUCCUGCAGGGUCGUACCUGGCAGGGAUUGGAACAGGAACUGGGAAGAACGCCGGUUGUAAAAGCAGUGGAGGGCAGGAGAGGGAUUGCCAUUGUCUAUGAAGACGAAGGGAAGAACUGAUACUGAUAUUGGUAUACUGAAUGAGAUUUUUUAAAUAAUACUGUUUGAAACAACAAAUAUGAUGACUUACUCUUAUGAACUUCUUUCCGUGUACAAGGACUGUGAUUCAAUUGGUAAACGAACCUAGCUCAUACAUAUCCUACAUUAAAAUGAAUAGUUUAUUCUAAUGAAGUGUAGCUGAAUGUCUUCAUCAAGAGUGCAAGGUACAAACUCCAAAGAAAGAAAGAUUGCACUACACAAGCCAUGACUGUACAUACACUCACCGCCUUGACAUUAGGCCUUACUUAAGGCCAUUGGCACAACUUAGAGUUUCUGAAAGGUUUUUGGUCUGGAUUUACAUGCAUAGACAGUGGAUGGUGUAAAUUUGCCAGUUCCUGUGUUAAGUGUUAUAGUAGGGUAUUGAAUUAAGAUACAGUCAUUAAGUUAUCCAAUUUGAAUACCAGUAUAAUUUCAAUUACUUAAAAUGGUUAAAAAAAUUAAAAAAAAAAAACUUGUUCACAAUAAUAUAUUGUAAUAUGUAAAUAGCUUUGUUCAUUGCUUUCAUUGACAGAAUAAUGUUCACAAUAUUUCAAUGGGAGUAAAGGCUUUGGGUUUUUACUUAUAAUUGCUGUAAAUAGAUUUGUAAGAAAAAUUGGAAGAAAACAUUUACACUAUUUAAAUUUGAGUAGUUUUAUUUAAUUUUAUUUUUUUCAUUUUCUGUGUGUUUCUGAUUAGCCCAGGCAAUUUUUUUGUGAUGAAACAUAUUUUUGAAAUUUAUUGCGACAUGCUCUUUAUACAAUGGCUAGUGUAGGGGCAUUUACAGAUUUGGCCAAUUUUACAGAUUGACAGGCGGCAGUGUAGUGAAAUGGGAAUUGGUCUUGGAACCUGAAGGUUACAGGUUUGACUCCCUGGUAGGACACUGCCAUUGUACCCUUGAGCAAGGUACUUAACCUGCAUUGCUUCAGUAUAUAUCCAGCUGAGUAAUUGGAUGCAAUGUAAAUGCUAUGUAAAAAAAUAAAUAAAGUUGUAUAACUGGAUGAGAUCAUCUAAUAAAUGGCA